AAAUGUAGAAAACCCACCCGGUCCCUUUCACCGCCUCCUUCUUCGUCCUGGAAUUCAUGUCGACCUACGCUUCCUCUGUUCCGAGCCACUUGGGUGCUUCCGAUCCGCCGACAUUGGCCGCGGACGACAUGGGCGAGAUCACGGCAGUAGAAGGAGAGGGGGAGGUGGAGGGGGAGGAUGCAGAAGAAGAAGAGUGCGGCUUCUGCCUCUUCAUGAAAGGCGGCGGCUGCAAAGAAACGUUCGUCGCGUGGGAGAAGUGCGUGGAGGAAGCGGAGAAACUCGGGGAGGACGUUGUCGGUAAAUGCUCUGAGGCCACCGCUCUUCUGAAGAAGUGCAUGGAAGCCCACGCCGAAUACUACGAGCCUAUCCUCCGAGCUGAGGAGGCUAUGCUCGACGCUGCUGCUUCUGAUGCUGAUGCCGCCGCCUCCGAUCAUCAGAAUACCGAAGAACACGUCGAAGGGAAGAAUUCUUGAUUUUUCUUUAAACCUUCUUUAUUUGCCUUCACUGCUUCAGAUUUUCCAUCUUCCACAAUUUGGCACCGAUCUCUUGGACGGAUAACCAAGUUCACCUUAAAACUGUUUCAUUCGAAUUCUGAGAAUGAUUUAGCAAGGAGAGAGCCCUAUUUGUGGAACUUGAAGCCAAAUACCUUUCCCGAAAUAAAUUUUUUAACGUUAUACUGUUCUUACUUUUAGCUUCUGCAAUUUUUCAACUGCAAUAUGUCCUUUGAGUGUUUCUACCUGCAGUUUAUUGACCUACAUGAUGCUAAUAACUGAAAAAUGACUUCUAUAAUAACAAUGUUUGCUCUUUUCUUUCUUUUGCAUGAAAAAUUUUUCUUCUAUGGUAUGCUGUGUAAUAUCAUUGCUUUGGAACUACAAUCACUGCAUUAAUCUUGUUUCUGUUGUUACUUACUACUAUUAUUUUGCCACUGUGCCAACUAUGUAGGAUUUGGGAGGCCAUUUUGACAUGGAGAUCUGAAUUUAGUGAUGGAUUAUCUUUAAGUUUCUCUACUGUUGUCAAUUGCUUAUCUCCUUAAGUCGAUUCAAAUGGAAUUUGUUUCAGAAACUAGUAUAGCUAUCUGCUGCACUCUAUCCUUUUGCUACUUAUAUCAUCAUGUCUAGUAUAUCCUUUUGCAAUCUGCUAAAUUCCAAAGAAUUGAAACUGAGUUGAUCCACCGUGAAGCUUUUGUUCUGAUGUGACAACCACUUUUGUUUAGUUGUUUUCUUAUUAAUUGUCUAGCCAAACCAAAUUUACUUUCUUCUUUGAUUAUAGAGGUGAUGUUGAUCCAUUCUCCCUAUCAGAGUUUUGUUAAUAUAAGAAUGCUAGUUGAAGAUACACUCUUUGGAGUUCUAAUAAUUAACGGGGGAGGAUUAAACUUCUUAGUCUAAUGGGCAGAUCAUAUAGCCAACCUUGGAUCCUUUUAAACAUUGUUUUUGAAAUAAUGACGUCUAUUUAAGAGUUUUUAUACAUUAGUAUAUUUGUUAGCAUUUUGUUUCUGAUAAUGUAUGUGUUUUCAUAUUCUUAUGCAUCUACUUAUCAAUUACCAUUUGUUUAUUUGUGAUUGUAAAUUUAUUUGGAUUGAUUAAUCCUUGUACAUAAUUGUAAAAGUUUGCUACAUAUAUCAUAGCCAUUGCCAUCAUAAUGCACGAUGAAUUCAUUACACAUCAAAAUGGAUUUUAGUUUAAUAGAGUUGUUGAUAUAUAUAUAAUACACCUGCCGGUUUAGUUGCAUUUUAGCUCCUGCAGUUCUUCGAACUGUAGUGUGCCCUUUGGGGUGCUUUCGCGUAAGCUAUUUAAAUCUGCGUUGCUAUUUAAAUAUCAAAAAUCUAAUUUGCUAUUUUUAAUAAAUUAAAAUUUAAUAAUUAAAUUUUAUAUAAAUUAAACAAAGUCGACUUAUUGCUGUUUAUUUUUUAAAAAUUUUAAUAUUAAAUAAAAAUAAAAAAUAGUUUUUCCAAACUACUGAAAAGUAAAAACAGUGAAUUUUUUCAGUAAAUAUUCCGUUCAUUUUACAACCCUAAUUGAGAGUAGUGUGGUGGUUCGGCGUGCGUUUGUAGCGAUACAUUUACUCGUCGCGGUGACAGGAGACGUUUCUUAUACCUCUAGCGACGCAUCGGUCGAAUUCCAUCUUAGAGAUCGGGCAGACAGACGGCGAUUGCUCUGAUUUCGUUGCGGGCUUGCGGCUGUUUCCUUUCUCCCUGUUUUGUGAAGGGAUGGCAGGCCUCAGCAAUGGCGGGCUUCUCUACCAUGAGAUCCAGGAGUCGAAGCUUUGCGCCGUCCACUGCGUUAACACCGUUCUCCAAGGGCCCUUCUUCUCAGAGCUCGAUCUCGCCGCCCUCGCGUCCGACCUCGACCAAAGGGAGCGCCAGAUGAUGCUCGAAGGAGCGAGCCUCGGCGGCGCUUCGUCUGGCGAUUUCUACUCUGAUGUCUCCCACAAUGUAUCGAUGGGUGGGGAUUUCAGCAUCCAGGUUUUGCAGAAGGCUCUUGAGAUUUGGGAUCUUGAAGUUAUCCCUCUUAACUCGCCUGUAGCAGAGCAAUCUCAGUUUGUCCCGGAGCUUGAGAAUGCUUUUAUAUGCCACUUGCAUGACCAUUGGUUUUGUAUUCGAAAAGUCAAUGGGGAAUGGUACAACUUCAAUAGUCUUCUCCCAGCACCUGAGCAUCUUUCUCAGUUCUACUUAUCAGCUUACAUAGAUUCCCUGAAGGAUUCCGGUUGGAGUAUAUUUUUGGUUAAGGGUAACUUCCCAAAAGAAUGCCCAAUCCUACCGGACAGCUCAACUGUCUUUGGCCAAUGGCUCACUCCGGAAGAUGCACACAUUAUAGCAAAGACAUUCAAUCAAAAGAAAAUUUCCACUGGAGGAUCAACAUCUCUCGAAAUGGGUAGUAUAGCUGACGAUGAAGAGGAAGAUCUCAAAGCUGCGAUUCAAGCUAGCCUUGUCGAUUCUACUGGUUUGCAAACAAUAUCAGACACAGUUGAAGAUGGCCGUACAACUCCACAAUCUUCUAGUAUUAGCUCUAAACCUGAUGCGCCAAACCUCGUUGCCAAUUUGACAGAUGUUCUCCCGCGAGAUUCUGAGACUGGUGAACCAAACAAAGAUGUUCACAAUGUAACUUCAGCUCCAGAAACUGAAUGAUGAGAUGAUGGAAACGGCGGUUGAAAAUGUUUUCUACAUCGUGGAAGUUUAUUCCCAUCCCACAUGUUUGACACCUUAACAUAGUUAUCCUUGUGGCUUCCAAAUACAUUCCACCAUCAACUAUUCUUUGUUUUGGGGAGGUUUGCUUGACAUAUUUUCUGUUCCUUAUAUUCAAGUGUUCCUAGCGAUGCUUGAGAUGCUUCAUUCAAGUAAUCCUGUUGCUUAA